CCCCUCGCCCGCGUCGCAAUCCCCGACUUCAAUUUGCCCUACCUCUCCGCAGGUUCAAUUAAUCCCCGGCCUUAAUUGCCCAUAGAGGAUUCCAUCCGCAGAUUGAUUAUAUUCAUUCUGUUCCGCUACCGCCUCACACACCCGAACACCUCCGCAACGAACAAGAAAAUCCUUUAACAAUGUCGACGCCUCAGUUCUGGUCCACGCCUCUCCGCUACCUCCGCUGGGCUUCUCACGAACGUCCCGCCAUCUUCUACUCCCUUAUUAUCGGCUCGAUGGGCCCCGUUGCUCUCGUCGGUUUGCCCCCGCUUAGACGUGCCUUGGGUGACGUUGACCCCGAGACUAUCCCUAUGUCUUAUCCUAUCCCCGCCGGUCCCCGCACAUUCCCGAAGGGUUACGAUGACGAGUAAAUCCACUUUAACCUCGGAUAUAGCGAUAUGGAAAGGAUAGGUAGGAUGGACGGACCGAUGGGCAGGACCGACAACUAGCUCUGCAUUGAAUCAUGGGCAACGUGCGACUCCGGCGCGGAUAGAAUAGAAAGAAAGGGAGGCUGGCUGUUCAAUCAACGAGCAAGUGAUCGAAGGGCCUCGCUUUGUCCGGAAGUAGCCUUGAUCUGGGUAUUUGGGUAUUAUUUUUUUCCUACGUGUGCAUGUGCCCCUCCGCCUUCUUCCUGUCGGGCAUGUUUAUACCCAUUGUGCUCUUUGGCAGGGAGGGGUGAGGUGCUGUGGGUGGGGUUUAAGAUGUGUGUGUGUGUAUUUAUUGUAUGUGAAAAUGGUUACAGAGCGGAG